GGGCUCAUGAGCCAAGUGUGAAGCAACAUGUGGCUCAGGCAGACCAUGUGUCCAGGGUGGGGAAGGGAGCUGUGCGCUCUGUGCUUGGAGACCGGGUCAUGUCUGCACCUGCCCCAGUCACUUGGCGGAUCGGUAAAGCAGGCUGGCAGGGCCUGCGUGCGUGGGAGGCAGCUGGCAGCAGCGCCGUGUGCUGACGACCUCACAACCGAACAACCCCCUGUUUAGCACCGACUGUUAGAACCACCCCCAGAACCUCAGUUAAGCAAAGGGGCUAGUUUCCAUGGAGACACAGCAUCCUUUCCCCAUGGCAACCUGAAAUUCCAAAACCCUAGUUAGGCUCAGGAAUGAGUCAUCUGUGACCAGUAGGGGGUGCUCUCCCACCGGGUUGACCCCCCUCCCCCACCCGGGGCCACGCACAGAGGAGCAAUUGACCGCAGACUUGAAGGUGCCCCGAGGGCCAACCUUGGGCCGGUGGAGACCCAGAUGGGCCCUGCUUAACCCCUUCCCGCCUGCUCGUGUGGUUUGAGGCGGCCGGGAAGGCCUCGGGAUGCGCUGUGUGGAGGUGGCGGCCCCAAAGCUGGGGCUCUCGGAGUGGCACUUGCGCAGACGGGAUCUCUGCCCCCUGAGGCUGGGCCCAGAACAGAGAGGAAGCGGGCACGGCCCAGGCUGAGUGGACACACAAGAGUUAACUGGCGGGGCGUGACAGGGCGAACCGCCCUCAGGAAGUGUUACUCACCGCCGGGAAUGUGAGCGCUCUUGCCUUGGGGGCUGGAUUCUCUUCCUGAGUCCUGGGAGAAACCGGGAGACACCAGAGGAGCUCCCAGCCAUGGAAACCCCUGGGGAGCCAGGAGCUGGACCUCUCGGAGCCCCCAGCCUGUCCAACUUCGCACCUGGGCGCCCGGAGAGAGAAAAGCCCGCUGUGGACCCGCCGUACGACGUGCCCGGGGCCAGCGAGCAGCAGGCGGGCGGGCCCCAGCGGCCUGGGCGCAGUGUGAGCCUGCGGGAGCGCCUGCUGCUCACGAGGCCUGUGUGGCUGCAGCUGCGGGCCAACGCUGCCGCCGCGCUGCACGUGCUAAGGACUGAGCCCCCGGGGACGUUCCUGGUGCGGAAGUCUAACACCCGCGGGUGCCAGGCCCUGUGCGUGCGGCUGCCCGAGGCCGGCGGCCCCUCCUUUGUCUCUAGCCACUACGUCCAGGAGAGCCCUGGGGGUGUCUCCUUGGAGGGCUCAGAGCUCAUGUUCCCAGACCUGGUCCAGCUCAUCUGCGCCUACUGCCAUACCCGGGACAUCCUUCUCCUCCCACUCCAGCUCCCCAGAGCCAUCUGCCAGGCAGCCACCCACAAGGAACUGGAAGCCAUCUCCCAUCUGGGCAUUGAGUUCUGGAGCUCCUCCCUCAACACCAAGGCUCAGCCGGGCCUUUCUGAAGGCCAGCUGCUGCCCCGGCUGAAGCCCCGCUCCCCACAAGAGCUGGACCAGGGCACAGGAGCUGCCCUGUGCUUCUUCAAUCCCCUGUUCCCAGGGGACCUGGGCCCCACCAAGCGGGAGAAAUUCAAGAGGAGCUUCAAAGUGCGUGUGUCCACGGAGACCUCCAGCCCUCUGUCACCACCUGCCGUGCCACCUCCCCCGGUCCCCGUGCUGCCAGGUGCAGCCCCCAACCAGACAGAAAGCUUACCCCCUCGCCAGCUUCUGCGAAGGGAGAGCUCAGUGGGGUACCGUGUGCCUGGGGGCGCCAGGCCAGGCCUCCCACCCCUGCCCUCCCUCCAGGAGGUAGACUGCGGCUCCCCCAGCAGCUCCGAAGAGGAGGGGGCGCUGGGGCCCCGGGGAAGCCCAGCGACCUCCCCCAACCUGGGCCGCCGGCGGCCCCUGCUUCGGUCCAUGAGCGCUGCCUUCUGCUCCCUGCUGGCGCCCGAGCGGCUGGUGGGCCGGGCAGCCAUGGCGCUGAUGCAGGACCGACACACGGCUGUGGGCCAGCUGGUGCAGGACCUACUGACCCAGGUGCGGGCUGGCCCUGAGCCCCGGGAGCUGCAGGGUGUCCGAGAGGCACUGAGCCGGGCGCGGGCCAUGCUGAGCACAGAGCUGAGCCCUGAGAAGCUGCUGCCGCCCCAGAGACUGGAGCAUGUCUUGGAGAAGUCGCUGCAUCGCUCCGUGCUCAAGCCUCUCCGGCCCAUCCUGGCAGCCCGCCUGCGGCGCCGGCUUUCCGCCAAUGGCUCCCUGGGCCGCCUGGCUGAAGGCCUCCGCCUGGCCCGGGCCCAGGGCCCUGGAGCCUUCGGGUCCCAUGUGAGCCUGCCCUCCCCGGUGGAGAUGGAACAGGUGCGCCAGAAGCUGCUACAGCUGCUCCGGGCUUACUCUCCCAGCGCCCAGGUCAAGCGGCUCCUGCAGGCUUGCAAGCUGCUCUACACGGCCCUGAGGACCCACGCGGGGGAGGGUGCGGGGGCCGAUGAGUUCCUCCCGCUGCUAAGCCUGGUCCUGGCCCAGUGCGACCUUCCCGAGCUGCUGCUGGAGGCCGAGUACAUGUCAGAGCUGCUGGAGCCCACCCUGCUCACCGGAGAGGGUGGUUACUACCUGACCAGCCUCUCGGCCAGCCUGGCCCUGCUCAGUGGCCUGGACCAGGCCCACACGCUCCCCCUGAGCCCGUCCCAGGAGCUGCAGCGCUCCCUCAGCCUCUGGGAGCAGCGCCGCCUGCCCGCCACGCACAGCUUCCAGCACCUCCUCCGAGUAGCCUACCAGGACCCGAGCAGUGGCUGCACCUCCAAGACCCUGGCUGUGCCCCCAGGGGCCUCGAUUGCCACCCUGAACCAGCUCUGUGCCACCAAGUUCCGAGUGACCCAGCCCGAUACAUUUGGCCUCUUCCUGUACAAGGAGCAGGGCUACCACCGCCUAUCCCCUGGAGCCCUGGCCCACAGGCUCCCCACGACCGGCUACCUUGUCUAUCGCAGGGCCGAAAGGCCUGAGACCCAGAGGGCCUCACCGGGGGCUACCCCGGAUUUUGGCAGCGGAGAGCCAGAGGCAGGGGGCAGGGAGGAGGAGAAAGGGGGCUGGGGAGUUGGGGACAUUGAGGUCAAAGCCGGUCCUGGGGACAGGAGGGGAGAGUCUGAGACCAUGGCUGAAAGGGCCAAGGAGGGGAUGGGCCUCGCAAGGGGGGACCCCGCUCAGCCAGGGGGGCCAGAGGCUGAGGGAAGCCAGGCAGCAGAGGAGUAGCCGGAAGUAGUCAGACGGGUCAUGUGGGACAGAAAACUCAGAGCCAUCAGCCCCACGCCUCGCCGGCUUCCCCACUCCAGGCCACUCCUAUGUCUGCUGCUGCCCCGGUCUGAUACUUAUUCCGUGAUCGCACCUUCUGGGGUGGUGCCUGGCCUGGCUGCGUCUGGAACACUGGAAUCAAUGGAGGGGGUUUGAGGGACCCCAGACCGAGGGCUCAGGCCCUUUGCCUCUCGCCCUUCCCUCCCAGCUGGAGGCCAGCCAGGCUUCAGUGCUGAGUGUGCCCAGCAGGGGACAAACCCAGCGGGUGCCCAGUCUCUGGCAGCCGGCCAGAGGCACCGUGCCAGCAGCCCCUCCUGGCUGGGGGCUUCAAAGCCCUGAAAGGCUUCACCUGCUCCUGGGUGUCAGGAGGACUCAGGGAGCCAACAAGGGCUCAGAGCCCAGGCCAGCCCUAGGCCAGAUGGAGGACUGGCAGCUCCAGACUCCAGUGUCCUGGAAAAAGACGGGCUGUUGCCGCCCUGCCUUCUCCCACAAGCCCUCCAGGGGCCAAAGGGAUGGUUUUGCUGCAAAGCAGAGCUCAGGCUAGAGGGAAGAAGAGGGCUGGAGGUGGGAUGUUAGCAGCACGCCCCCCGAGGGUCUGUUGUGUGCAUUCACAGAAGGCUCUCGUGUCUCAGCCUGAGGGAGAUCCUAGAGAUCAGGUCCAGCCCAGGGAACACCCAGGCCCCAGGCUUUCUUCAAGAUGGGAGGUCCUGCCAGGCACUCUGGCAUCCCAGGGGACUUGGACAGGGGAGAUGGGCUUCUGAAAUGGAGGGGGUGCUUGGAAACCAUUUCCUCUACACUUAACUCUUCUGGACCUUGCAAGAGCUUCUCGGGAGGCGAGCAUGGCUCAUUACACACUGAGGUUUGGGAAAGUGACUCCUAAGAUAUGUGACUCCUAAGAUAUCGAUCGGACGGCUUGCCAUUACAGUUUCCCCACCCAAACCAGGGUGUCAGGCUCCAACUAAGCCACCAACAAAUUAACCCUCAAGGCCCUACAGCCCCAAGGUGGGGCCCAGAGCAGGGAGCAAAUGGGAGCAAAGAAAAUGCCAGGAGUGACCACAAGGGGGUGCGUGUGGCCCAGGAAAUGGCCAGUGGGUAAUUCCGAGGGGCGAGGGUGUCUCCAGGGCUGCAGCCCCGUUAGGUGGUCAGAGGCCCUGUACUCUUGCUGCCACAGGGCAACCUGGGGUCAGUGCGGGCAGGGCCAAGUGCUGCCAGCCCUCAGCAAACUUGGAGUCGGGGACCUGGGUGAGGCAAACUCCAGGGGGGUCACUCCCUGGAAAGGAACUGUCCCCUGGUGGAAGGAGAACCCCAGCCAGUCUCUGGGGCACUCCCUCAGGUGCUGAGCACAAAAGGACAUCAGCCCACAUGUCAGACAGACAUGACAACAGGAAGGUAGAAAUCCUGGGCUUUGGGGUUUCAGACAGUCCAGAGACAGAUACGACCAAAUUUGGGUGCUGGGCUCCCAAAUGUUUCACAAGGGCCACCAGCAGCUCUUUCCUCCCCACUUCCACCCCCCACUCCAAGCUUCUUGCUGGUAGGGAUUCUCCCCUCUUGUAUGUCCCCCCCUCUCUGUCCCACCCCCACCUCCCAGUGCCUUGCCCAGAGCUGGGCACUGCAUAGGCACUCAAUAAAUGUUGUCCCCCUGAUUGGAGUUUGAUAAAU